AAGUCAAACAUACGGUUUGCGUUGUAAGAGACAAAAAAUACACAAAGCAUUAGAUAUUUCCUGAAAUCGAUGUGCGUGGAGGUUUGAUGUUUCGGACUGUCGCUGUCAGCGGAGCCUCCCACAGAGAGUCAUGUUAUGAUGGUGCUGCGGAGGUUACUGAGGAAGCGCUGGGUGCUGGGAGUAGUCUUCGGACUGUCUCUCAUCUACUUUCUCACCAGCACACUCAAACAGGAGGAGCGGACCAUACGGGACCGCACACUCUUGGAGGCCAAAGAUUCAGACCACCGCAUCCCCUGGAAAGUCCGUUUUAACCUGGGCAACAGCAGCCGGCAGAUGACUCAGUGUAGAAACUCCAUUCAGGGCAAGACGCUGCUCACAGACGAAUUGGGUUAUGUCUGUGACAGGAAAGACUUGCUGAUUAACGGCUGCUGUAACGUCAAUGCUCCCAGCACCAGACAGUACAUCUGUAAGAGCUGCCUAGCCAACGGCUGCUGUAGCAUCUAUGAGUACUGCGUGUCUUGCUGCCUCCAGCCCGAUAAGCAACUUCUUCUUGAGCGCUUCCUGAAUCGUGCAGCCGAAGGCUUCCAGAAUCUCUUCACUGCUGUGGAGGACCAUUUUGAGCUGUGCCUGGCCAAGUGUAGGACAUCUUCACAAAGCGUUCAACACGAGAACACGUACAGAAAUCCUCAAGCAAAGUACUGCUACGGAGAGAGUCCUCCAGAGCUCCUUCCUGUGUGAGCGUCGGCCUUCAUUCUCUGAAUAAGGAAGAAAAGGAACAACAGUGGGACAAUAAAGCAUCCCUCUUUGGACACAAAUGGUGCUUGGAGAAGAGAUUCUCAAAUAAAAACUGUUAUUUUGGACAUGUUUGCAUUAUAGUGGCAAAGAUAUUUAGAUAACCAGGAUCAAACUCAAACUGGACACAUGCUGUACAUGAUUUGAUUAUUUUACACUUCAUAAGUGCAUUGACGCGUCAUACAUUCAUCCCUGAUGAUCAUCAGGUCUACAUAGCUGGCAGCUCAACCCCAAGAACUCACUUCAAACCAGUCCAAGUCAUGGCUUCAUCCACAGUAAAGGAAGGAAACAGCUAUUGUAUGUUUAAUGUGACACUUUUAAAAGCCGCUAAGAAUGUGUCAUUACUUCUGUGUCUCAGUGCAUGUCUGUGAAACUAUUUAAUACAAAAUAAACGUGACUGUGAAAUGAUA